AUGGACCCUGGCGAUAAGAUUUCUUCUCAAUAUCGACUCUCGCCGCAAGACUCAGACAGGCUCAAAUCCAUCAUCCAAACCCACCACACCCUCGGCGCGGUGGCCCCAAACACAUGCACGUCCCUCAUAGCGUGGAGCAUCGACGCGCCAGCCCAUGCCGUGUGGCCCUUGGCGCUUGACUUCACGAACCCUCGGAGGUACAAGCCCUUCAUCAGGAAAUGCCAUAUGAGGGAAGGCAAUGGCGGGGUUGGGGUCAGGGUCUGGAGCAGGCGUGACAUCGAGAUGCUCUCAGGGCCGCCGGCCUCGACGAGCAUGGAGAGAGUGGAGAUCCUUGACGACGAGAGGCGCGUGGUGAGCUUUAGAAUUAUUGGAGGCGACCACGGGCUUUGCGACUACCGUUCGGUGACCUCGGUGAAUGAGAUCAUUGAAGGAGAAAGGAAGGUCGCGACUUUGGUUUUGGAGUCUUAUGCCGUGCAAAUCCCUGAAGGAAAAACUUGUGAAGACACCAAGGUGUUCGUCAACACCAUAUUGAAGCAGAACCAAGAAAUAGUCAUGGCUUCUUUGAAGAAAGAGAAAAAUGAAGGAGGAAAUGCAUGA